AUGGUCCAGCGCAUCAGAGCCCAACGCGCCAUCGCUGUACAAGCCGAUGUGUCCAAAAUUUCCGACCUUGAAAAACUCGUCGAAGCCGCAGUGACUAAAUUUGGCAGACUUGACACUAUCAUGGCCAACGCCGGCAUAAUGCCAAUGCGCACAGUUGAGGACACGACCGAGGCCGAUUUUGACAAGACCUUCGCCAUGAAUGUAAAGGGACCCUACUUUCUGGUGCAGAAAGCUGCUCCCCACAUGGCGUCCGGAUCGUCCGUGAUCCUCGUCUCGACCGGCGUUAACCGCAGCACCGCGGUGGCGCCGAACUACCUGCUUUAUGCAUCUACCAAAGGUGCUAUAGAUCAAAUGACUCGCGUGCUAUCCAAGGGGCUAGCAAGUAAAGGCAUCCGGGUGAAUGUCUCACGAAGAAAGUCAGCAGAAAGGGCAUAUAAUGUAGUAAUGAGGUAG